UUAAUGUUAUAUGUUUUGGGUUUUUGUUUUUACAGACACAACAUGGCUGCUCCCAUACAGACGUUUUCUGGAAUACGGUUCACAGGAAAAAGCAGCAAACCAUGAAAAAAGCCAGCUUCGUCUGUCUACAGAUGCAAUGGAAACAAAGGAAGUGAUCCACUGUGCUCUUCAGCUAGAGAAGUUGGCUGCAGAGCAAAGCUUUGAGAGCAUCUCAACUCUGCUUGAUGAUCUUGAUAGACGUAAUGUAUCUCCAGAGCAGCUGGAAAUGACGGACCUAGUCAAAGUCCUUUAUAAACUCCUAAAAACCUGCAGGGAGAGCAGCGUGAGGAAAAUGGCGAAGAGCCUACUGUCGAGGUGGAAGAGACAGUACGGUAAUGAAAGGCGGGGAAACUCAGGAAACUCCCAUGCUGUUUCUUCAGGACUAACAGAGGAUGGGGGAGUUUCCAAAGAUUCAGCACAAACAGGUGGAAAUGAGGAGGAGAGAGCAUCAGGACAGGAAAGUGAGACUCCCACAGACGAGACAACGUCUCCCUCUUCUGACUCAGUGAGAACCAAAUGUGUUCAGCUCCUGCUGGCUGCCCUCCUCCACCCUGAACCUCCCGAUGGAGACAAGGCAGCAGAGCUGGCGGAAAGCAUUGAGCGGCACAUCCACCGUCUCCACAAAGCCAACCACCUCAAAUACAAAGCCUGCGUGAGGAGCAAGGUGGCCAACCUGAGGAAUCCCAAAAACGGUCAUCUACGCCAGGGCCUCCUGAGCUGCUCGCUGGCGCCAGAGACCUUUGCCCGAAUGUCUGCGGAGGAGAUGGCCAAUGCCGAGCUACGCCAGCUUCGGGAGGAGUACUCAUCCCGGGGUGUGAGCGAGAGGCAGCUUCCCCAAGGGUUGGAGGGUACGCCGACGCAGAAGGUCCGCUGCAAACGAUGCGGAGGAUCAGACUGCAGGGUGACACAAGUGUCCAGAGGUGCCCUGUUUUUGCCCGCGUGGGUGAGGCGUGGCGGCCCUGACGAGGACGCAAUGACUUUUGUUACCUGCGGCGGGUGUGGCCAGCAAUGGUACCACAGCGGCUGGGUGUGCCUCUGAAUCCAAAAAGCCACGCUGACUAUCUAGUGUUGACAUGGUGAGGAAGUUCAUGAAAGCAGAAAUCAGUUGUUUUUCUUUUAACUUAAAGUUUUAACAAGGUUGCCUGCUUGUUUAAAAGUCCAAAGAGUGCUGCUUCAUCUUUGCUAAAGCAGAGUCACUGCUAACUGGAACCAAGACAGAGUCAGUCAUCAUAUCCUUACUGAUUCAUUUCCUGCCUCUUCCAGGCCUAAUAGCCCUUCAGUGGUUUACAUACUGAACAGUGGCUGCUAUUGCUAACAGCUUCCUGGUAAGCUGUGUGAAUUAAACGCCUCGAGGAAAUCUUCAUACUUCUUUGAACUUUCCACAUUUUGUCAAAUUCUUCUAUGGAUGGCGCCCAAAGCAAUUGAUUAUGUAACUUAUCAAAAACAUGAACAAGGAAAUAUUUUUGUAUAUUACUAUCUGACUAGUUAAACAUAUAUAUUUUAACCAUAUUUUUGUGAACAUUUUCAAACAGCAGUAUCGAUCUACAAAAAGUUAUGACAGAAUUUUUUGUUGGGCUAUCUGACAUCCCAUAGUCCAGCACGCCCUGGGUAGAGAGCCAAAUAAUCUACUUUAUUCCACACAUUUAAGUGUAUUUUAUUGUGAUUUGAUUUGACAUGAUUUUGAACAGGAAGACAAUUUUUUUUUUCGAUACUUCUUUGAGUCUGGACUUUGACUGGGCCAUUCUAACGUGUGAUCUAAACUGUUCUCCUGGAAGGGGAACAUCCGGCCCAAUCUCAAGUCUUUUGUAGCAGAUUUUUCUUCCCAGAUUGUCAUGUGCUUAGCUCCACCCAUUUUCCCAUCAUGUCUUACCAGCUUCCCCAUUCCCGCAUCACGAUGCUGCCACAAAAACAUAUGCAAAUUAUGUCUCUGGGUCACAGUGGUUGUGCAAAUGCCUUAUAAAAAUGGAAGCAAAAAAAAUCUUCUGGCCUCUCACAAUUGCCCUUUCAUUUGUAGCAAACUGAAUCCAGUGAAUGAGACAUGUGAUAUUCGAGCCCCGAGGACGAUCAGGACCGACUCGUGUCAGAGAAUGCGCCGCCACUCCUGCCAGUUUUGGGGUUACUCUGCCCAUCAUCUCUGUUUCUUUUUGAAUUAUCUCUCAUUUAUUUUGUUGAAUAAAGGAUUUCAUCCUUUUAGUCACUCUGGAUUGUCGUGUUAUUGCUCCAAGAAGCAUGAAAUAGGGAAUGACGGCCAAGAUCUUUCAAAGAUCACCACACGGAAAACUGGUAGUAAUAGCAUUUAACACUUUACAUUGGUUUGCAGUGAUUCAGCUGAUAUUUUCCAAACUUUUAAUGUGAUGUACGAGUUGCAUCUCAUGUUAAAGCCUGAAUACAUUUCAAAUUUAUUUAAUUAUUUCACUGAAUAUGUUUGCAAAGCGGCUGAAACAUUAUUGUUUUGAAAAGUACCGACACAUUUAUGAGUUGAUAUUUGUUGUUCUCUUGUAUUUUGAAAAAUGAAUCAGACGAAUGAGCCUCCAA